AUAAUUCAACCAAAAUAACUUUACUUUAUACAGAUUAACAAGAUGAAAUUCCUCAUAUUCUUCGGACUCUUAGCUGCUGUAGCUACGGCUGAAAAUGCUAGAGGCGAUCCUCGUAUUUUUAACAUUAUUGGCGGCAUCCUGGAUCUGCUGAACCCAAAACCCGCUGAAAGGCCCACUGUUGUCGAUAAGCCGGUUGUAGUUGAUGGCCCUUUUCAGCCUAUCAUUGUUGGACCUGCAAUCGUUAACCCAGAAUAUGAACAAAUUUCCGCCGGACCCGCCAUCGUAGACUUUGAAGAGAUUUCCGUUGGACCCGCCAUCAUCGAUGAAACUGCUCCCGUUGUCCCCGCUCCCGUCCCCUCUCCCGUGUUCCCCAUCACCUCCCCUCUUGUACAAGUCAUCGUUAACGUUGAGUCCAAUGGCGCUGGCAACCCCGUGGCUGUCGAGGGUGUAGAGCCCACCCCCGUCAUCGUUGUUCCUGGUCCCGUGCCCAGGCCCGAACCAGUGAUCGUCGUUGACAAGCCCAGUUACUGAGCCUGUUAUCGUUGCUCCCAUUAUCCCUGAACCCGUCCUUCUCCUGCCUGACAUCCUCAACUAAAUUAGUGUCCAUAAAU